AGACUCCAGCCGGCUCCAGACGCACCGCUCCGCCAGCCGGCCGCCCCUCCAGGUUGCGCGCGAUGCGGUCCGUGGCAGCACUGGCGCUGGUGCUGCUGGCGGCGGCGACCCGCGGAACCCUGGGAGCCGCCGCGCCACGCUGCGGCCGCCAUCUUGCCGACCUGCUGGCCGUGGUGUGCAAGGGUCGCGGCUUCAACAACCCCCUGCACCCAGGUGCGUGCCUCGCCUUGCCCGCGCAACCGGGCCAAGCGCCCCUGGCGGCGGGGCAGCGAGGCUCGAGGGCGCGGCGAGGCGUGGUGGACGAGUGCUGCAAGGCGGUGUGCCCCUACAGCACACUGGAGCAGUACUGCGAGCCGGCGGCCAGUGCGCAGGCGCACAGCGCGGCAGACUCGAACCAGGUGCAGCCCGCCUACAGCCGGGUGCGCCACGGCGACCUGCCCAAGAAGCCGCGCAGCAGGAAGGGCAAGGGCAAGGGCAAGCGGCGCAAUGGCAAGUGUCGCUGCAAGCACAGGCAGAGGCGCAGGAAGCUUGAGAAGGCGCGGGCUCAGCGCACGGCCCUGCAGGUUGGCACCGUGGCCUCACCGUUCCUGGGGGAGCCGGUGAUCUCGCCCCAGCUGAGGGGCUCCAGCGGAUAGAAGGGCUUAACUGCGAGCAGCGUUCCUCCCGGGGAUGCCACCGCCCUCUUCUUGCAGUCGCGACCAGCACGCCACGAGCUCCCGGCCGUCCACCGAGGGACUCCUACUGCCGUAGACUACUGAUUAGAGUCCCGGAGAUUUCGCGGAUUCUUCUGGUCUCAGGAUAGAAUUCAAAGUUAUAGGUGUUCUCGACCCAUGUUUACUUUCCCUUUGGUUGAUUUCUUAGCGAGAACAUUUUUUUUACUUGUUAUUUGGCACUACCUGAUUCGCUUACUUCUCUCCUAGCUGGACAUCGUUGGCUCACGGUCGUAGAGGGGCGUGUCCAGAUAACUGCGGUCCAAUCAUGAACACAGUGCGACAGUGUGGAGGUUUGCAUUCUAGCUUGAGACUAAAUGAAUGCGCGAAAAUUCCGUGACUCUACUAAUGAUGGAUAUCCACCAUACUCUGUCUUCUACACAUGAGGCCUUGGCUGACAGGGCUAACAGGACUGUUCGAGUCAGCUGAUCCAAGCAACGCCAUAUACCUGAACAGUACGAUGUUGAGAUCAAAAAUAUUUUACCAUGCAGCUUUGCACGUGCCAUCUGUAUCAUUAGUCUAUGGUUCUAGCUAACAUGUUGCUGACAGUGUUUUACAUUCAAUCAAUCCUGAAACCUGCCGCACACUUCAUUGUGCUCCUGUUUUUCAAUGCAGUUGCCAGCAACUUUCACGUGACAGUAGCACAUACCGAAACAGAUUCAGACCCAAAAGGUUGAGUAAAAAAUAACAGGAUAAGGAAAAACAAUAGCUGUUUCCUCAUAGUUUAUGGAAGAUGAGGGAGAAUAAAAAUUUCCCAGCUUGUACGUACACCGACCUAAAUAGUAUGUGUUCAUGUAAUUAAAGAAUACCAGUAUAAAUAUAUGUAUAAAAGUAAAUGUUUACAAUAGUUUUAUGUAUGCACAUGUGUAUUUGGUUAACUGUAAUGAAUGUUUGAUAAAAUUAUUAAAUUAUAUAUACUUUACCUACAUAUAUGUUACCAGAUCAACUGAACAAUAAAAAAUGUUGGAAAAUAAUUUAAAAGUAAAAGUUUAAUAUACGUCUAAGAAUAACAAAUAACAAAACUGUAUUUUGUUCUAAGCUAUUGGUGGGCAAACUGCAGUUUCCUUCACUCAACAUGAACCAAAACUCUAAGAACAGUUUCUGUUCGGAAAUAAAACCGAUGCACAACUAAGACUAUCUUUACAAACCAAAACAACAUCAAAGAAUAUUUAGUAAAGUUAUUAAUAAUUGAGUAAGCACAGUUAAAACCACGCAGCUGUUACCACAAAAAGACAAAAAUCACAUUUAAAAUGUUAUGACAUUUUUAGUGUUACUUAUUGUAAAUAUCAAACAUAAAAAAUUAAUAAUUUAAAAUAAUUUACACCACCAAAAUUGUAUUAUAAUAAAAAUAAUGAAAAUGGUUUAUUUUCCUAAAAAAAACUCAAGAACACUGCUGUUAAAAUAUGAAAAAUAACUCUUUCUAGAUCCUACUUGUAUAAUAGAAAAAAAACAUUCCAUGUUCCCACAUGAUGGAUUGUGAGUGGUGAGACAUCCUAUGUGAGAAAAACAAUAAUCAAGACAUGUACAAGAAGAGUUAGGCUGCAUCAUCUAUCUAUCAACAGUGAUGUGUGGCAGUACACACCCCCAUUUGAAUUCUCAACUCUAAUCAGUGAUGUAAAUAAUGAUAUCCAUUUCUAAAUGGCUGAUAUUUUCAUUUGUUAUUGAAGUCAGUACUAUAAAUUAUGAAUGAGCUUCAAGCAGGGUAGAAACUACCAAAUCAUAAAUACAUCAUACGUUUUAGGGUUUUAAAAAGUUAUCUGAAAAUAAAAGGAUUUUGGUGUCAUUGUUUUUAUUUUUGUAUUCAGUGAUUAUUGCUGGAAUGGUAAUAUAACCAAAAAACAAUGUACACUUAUGGCCUAUAAAUAUGACAAGUAGUUGUACCUUUAAAAUAACUUUUCCUAGUUAGUAGUCAAAAUUUCUAGGAAACUCAGAAACUUCAUAGAAAAGUUUACAGUGCUACCAUAGCAUAAAAGUUUUCACAAAUAAUAUUUAUUUUAGUUUAGAUAUAACUACGUAGUGAAACAAAUAUUUUAGUUCCUAUAGGUGCUUCAAUCCUAUUAAAUAAAAAAUUUACGAUAAAAUUAUUUUAAUGUUAAAUGGUGCAUUAACUUCUGUUUAGCUGUAACUUAAUAUUUGCAGUAAUUGAUCCAACAAUUUUGCCUGGUAAUGAAACACAUUCAGGCUACACUAGUGGUGUCCAAUUCACACGACUGUGUUCAUAAACACUAGCACUGAAGCCUAGCAGCAGCCUGGCGCAGCGCGGGCCAGAGUAGCUCGCAACGACAUUGGCCCAGAGAGAUUGUCAAUGAGCAUGAACACUGACACAGCCUAACGUAGCUCGUGUUGGAACAAGAACAUGCACGUUACGUAAUGGAACAGCAGUUAAAACUGCAACAACAGUGAAAUACAUUCAAAAAUUAUCCACUUAAGCACAAAAAAUAAAAACUAUUCCUCCAAUCAAAUCAAAUUAAGUAAUAUUAUUUGUUUGCAAAACACUGUAAAUCAUAUAAAGUCACACUUGAAAAGUAUUUUCAGUAAUACUUGAAUUAAUAAUUUAUAUAAAUCAUGGAAAUAAAAAAAAUUAAAUUAAAAUUUCUGAGAAUAUUUUGUAUGUGAUACACAUAAUGUGAUAGUAGUUGCUAGUGUUGUGAUUUUUAAACAAAAUCAGUCAACAUAAUUAUUUUAUUUUAGCAUAAAAUGUUCCUCGAUUGUUAUUGCUUUUUUGUUAUGCAUUAUUUUAGAAACUUUUCUUUUUCAAUGCAAUUAAUUUAAAACCUGCAUAUGUGAUCGUAAUCCAACUACAGAAAUGCUUUGUUUAUGUGUUCUUGUGAUAAAAUAAAAUACAUACUUACAAAGAA